AUGAAGCAAUCUGAAGCACAUCCUAACAUUGUAAGCUUUGCUUGUGUUCUAGGUGCAUGCAGCCAUGCAGGUUUAAAUGGAUUAUGCAAGGAUGCUCUCAAAAUAUUUGAAUUAAUGAAGCAAUCUGGAGCACAUCCUAACAUUGUAAGCUUUGCUUGUGUUCUAGGUGCAUGCAGCCAUGCAGGUUUAGUGGAUGAGGGCUGUUCCAACUUCAAUCACAUGAGUAACUUUUACCGUAUUACACCUACAGUUGAUCAUUAUGUGUGCAUGGUUGACCUUCUUGCCCGUGCUGGCUGUCUUGAGGACACCCUAAACUUUAUCAUUAAGAUGCCAGUUAAACCUGUGGUGGUUGUGUGGAUGUGUUUUCUAGGUGCCUGUAGAUCACAUGUGAACAUAGGCUUAGGAGUAUUUACAGCGAUGCUGCUUUUUGAUUUAGAUCCUAAAAAUGCUACGACUUAUGUUCUUCUCUCAAACAUCUAUGCAGACGUGGGCAGGUGUGGUGAGGUUAAAAUGUUGAGGAGAUUGAUGAAAGAUAGAGGAAUUAAAAAGAUCCCCGGAUGUAGUUGGAUCGAAGGCCAUAAAACGGUACAUGUUUUUUGUGCAGGAGAUAGAUCACAUCCACAGACAGAGGAGAUCUAUGCAAAGUUGGAGGAAUUGGAUUGGGAGAUGAAGGCAGAUGGCUAUUUUCCAGAUUCAAGGCAUUUCCUUAAUCCUGUGGAAGAGGAGGAAAAAAAUUUAUUUCUUUGCCACUGUAGUGAAAAGUUGGCAAUUGCAUUUGGUUUGUUAACCAUGCCCCCCGGAACAACUAUUAGAGUCGUUAAGAAUCUUAGAGUAUGUGCUGACUGCCACACUGCAACAAAAUUUAUUUCCAAGACUGUUGCAAGAGAAAUUGUUGUGAGAGAUGUGAACCGUUUCCAUCAUUUUAAACAGGGAGAAUGUUCUUGUGGAGAUUAUUGGUGA